AUGCUCUCUCCACUUCGACGCAGAACACAGACUCAUCAAAUUCAGAGAUUUCUAGUCACUUUGAGCGAUGUAUACUCGAAAAAAGUUAACGAAGGAGCUCUGAAAGAGGAUGAUUACCAGCGCAAGAUGAUUGUGGAUUUCGACCGUUUGAGGAAGGAAAUUGAAACUUAUCAACCAUCUAAUGUGUCCAAAUCAUCUGAAAAAUCGAGCACCGGAUUUUGGAAAAUGUUUCAAAAAUCAAAAACGGAAGAUGCAUCAACGACCAACUCACCGCGUGGAAUAUACCUGUACGGAUCUGUAGGCUGUGGAAAAACUAUGCUCAUGGAUUUGUUCUUUGAAAACUGUCCAAUUACAAAAAAGAGGAGAGUGCAUUUUAAUGAUUUCAUGCAGAAUGUUCAUAAAAGAAUGCAUGAACUAAAAAUGCAAAGCAACGAAGCUCGGGGAAAAUUUGAUCCAGUUCCUGUUAUUGUCGAUGAAAUCAUGGAAACAACAAAUUUACUGUGCUUCGAUGAGUUCCGGUUCGUCUCUCUGAAAACUAUUCUUCCUCAUGUCAAUUGGAUUUUUCAGGUCACUGACAUUGCCGAUGCAAUGAUUCUAAAAAGGUUUUUCUCUAUGUUAUUUGAAAGAGGACUUGUCAUGGUUGCCACUUCGAAUCGAGCACCUUCAGAAUUAUAUAAAAAUGGUCUCCAGAGACAUCAAUUCGUUCCAUUCAUCACUAUUUUAGAAGAUAAAUGUGCUUCUCUUGCUCUAGAUUCCGGAAUGGAUUAUCGACGAAGUGCUUCUGGAGACGGUAAUCCGAUCUAUUUUCAUGGAGACGAUGCCAACAAUCAGUGUGAUAUUGUAUUCAAACAAUCAGCUGCCAAUGAAACUGAUAAUGUACGCUCCAAAACACUGGAAAUCCUGGGACGUCGAGUAGUCGUUGAAAAGUGUUGUGGAGGUGUGGCUGAUAUUGACUUCAAAGAAUUGUGUAUGACAGCAAAAGGAGCAGCUGAUUAUCUGGUCUACGCUCGAGUAUUCCACACAGUAAUUGUUCGAAAUGUACCCGUCAUGAAUCAGGAUAUGUGGAAUGCAAUGCGUAGAUUUAUCACAAUGAUCGAUACAUUCUACGACCAGAAGGUUCGGGUUGUGAUCGGUGCCGCAGCUCCAUUAGAUGAACUUUUCCAAUUCGAAAGUCACAAUGUUUCUCAUGAUGCUCUUAGUGAUUCAAAACGAAUUCUUAUGGAUGACCUGGGUAUCAAAUCUGAUCAUGAAGGAAUGAGCGCGAACGUAUUCAGUGGCGACGAGGAAGCAUUCGCCUACAGUAGAACAGUAUCUCGAUUGUAUGAAAUGCAAACGGAAAAGUAUCGUCGACACAGAAGACCUUAUAAUUCUAUUGAGAGUUCCAUUUAA